AUGUUAAAAAUAUAUUUAUAUUUAAUAUCAUUUAUUUUAUGUUAUUAUUUGGGUGAAUGUGAUCCUCAACCAUAUUUUCCACCUCAAAUUGUUUUUUCUCCUGAUAGUGGUCGAACAAUAAUUGCAGUAGAUGAAAUAAAUCAACGAGCUUAUAAUACAUUAGGUUACGGUUCUACAGGACGAGAAACUACAUAUGUAAUGAAACAUUUUCCAUAUGCAAUUCCUGAUUCGCCACAAUCAAAAUAUUAUGUUCAAUUAUUAACAGAUUCUCCACCUCUUGGUUGUCUGUAUGGGACAUAUUGGAAAUAUGGUGGAAAUGUAUUUAAUUCAUUUCCAUCACAUUGGUGGGUUAAUAGAACUUCAUUUCACGUUGAAAAUUAUAUUAAAUUUAAAUAUGGAAUGAUACAUUCCGAUAGUUCUUCUCAAGGUGAAGAUUAUUGGUAUGCAAAUGUAACAUGUCAAGUUGAUAGUGGAGCAACAUAUCCCUGUGAAGAAAUUUAUUUUCAAAAGAAUACUCAAAUUCCUCUUCGAUUUACUCAAGUUAUUCGUCAAGGAUGGAGAAUUGUCCAAACGAUAACCAAUUAUCAAGUAAUAUCAAUGGGAAAACCAGAUGAGAAAUAUUUUGAUUCAAUUCCAAGCAAUUGGACUUCCAUCUGCCGAGAUGUUAUGCUCGGUCUUUUAUAUUAUCCACAAAUAUCAAAAAUAAUUUUAAAGCAAAAUGCACAAGUUCAAAUUUGGCUUAUAACUCCACCACAUCGAAUUAAUGGAAAUGAUACUGUUCGUAUUCAAUGGAAACCAACUGAAUGUAAAGAUUGUUUUAUAUGGACACCAGAAGAAUUAGUUUUUAAUGAGAAAAAUUUUCAAGAAAGACAAACAUUAACAAUAACUCGUGUCAAAGAUGGACCUAAAACAACUCUUAUUCCAAUUUUCAAUGGUGGAGGUUUUGAUCUUGUUACACCAGACAUCUAUCCUAUUUUUAUUGAAUAA